GUCACAUGUAUGGAUGCUAGACUCAACCCUGCAGAGUUUCUAGGUCUUGGUGACGGUGAUGCUCAUGUUAUCCGCAAUGCGGGCGGUUCGGCCAAUGAUGGCAUAAACAGUAUCGUCGUCUCUCAGCGUCUCCUCGGCACCCAAAAUAUCGCCGUCAUCCACCACACAGACUGCGGAAUGGCCACAUUCACUCCUCCCCUCCUCCACGCUAAAGUGCUCGCGGAAACACCAGGCGAAGCCGCAGAGGCCGAGUUAAACAAGCUCGAAUUCAGGACGUUCACAGACCUUGACCAGAGUGUCAGAGAAGAUGUCUCUUUAUUGCAGGGCCAUCCCCUGGUGUUCACCACAGAAGGCUCCGUUUCUGGCUGGGUGUACGAAACAAGCACUGGAAAGGUCCGAAGAGUUGUAUAAUGAUAAUGACACUGAUAUGCAUGAAUCGGUACAUUUUGUACUUGCACCUUUAUUUCUAGUCCUUCAUCGUGGAAACUUACCAUCCAAGUUAUAUACACGUUUGGUGUACCUCAUAUAUCAAUGGUAUCCUCUUUCACAGCU